UCAGAACAUUGUCAAUUUGGAGCUGAUCUAUCGGACACAUUGAGGGACAGGUUAGUGUGAGGCAUGCAUUGUGAAACCACAUAGAAGAAGCUCCUGGGUGAAAAAGACCUUACUUUAGAGAAGGCACUGAACAUUGCAAUAUCAAUGGAAACAGCAGCACGGGAUGCUUCAGAGAUACAACAAAAAUCUCUGGAAUAUGCUACAAAUAAAAUGAACAGAAACGAAGGAAAGAAAUGUUACCAUUGUGGGAACAUGUCACAUGACCCUGAUGACUGUUGGUUUAAAGACAAAGAAUGCAGAAACUGUGGCAAACAGGGCCACCCUGGCAGACUAUGUAAGGCUAGUAAAUAGCAGAAAAAGGACAAAAUACAGAGAAACAAGAAACCCCAGAAAGGAAAACUGAACAAUAUACGCAAAAUGGAAGUAAACAGUUCUGACAAAAAUGACUCAAAUGGAAGUGAAUUGUCUUGCCUGAAACUUCACAAUGUGAAAGAGACAGAUGAUCAAAGAGUAACAUGGAUCACACCACAAGUGGCAGGCAUGAGACUGAAAAUGGAGUUGGACACAGGCUCAGCUUUACCAGUGAUCUUGUACACUAUUACAAAUGAUUGUUUUCUCACAUACCUCUGAAAUGAACUAAACUACUGCUAAAGACUUACACAUGACAGAAAGUGCAUCCCAAAGGUAAAAUUAAAGUGACAGUGACCUAUGGAGACAAAACACAGCAACUGAACUUCUAUGUACUGAAAAAUAGAGGACGUGAAUGGCUCAGGAAAAUCCAGUUGGAUUGGUACACCGUCAAGGCACUAGAUGUGGCAACAGAGGAGGACAGCUUGGCGGGGAAGAUGUCCGCAGCUCUCCUCUCACCCAUUGUCGACUAUUACAACGAUGAGGAGGAGCUAGACAGCGUAGAUGAUGAGGAUGAAUGCAGUAUCUGUGGCUGCGACUCAGAUGAAGAUACAGAGGAUGCAAGGGAGACAGAUACUGCCAAUAAGCAGGAUGAUGAAGAUUGCCUGGAAGUAAAAGAGCAGAUGCACCAGGAGAAAUUGACAUCUCUCAAAAGACAGCUACAGCAGUUACAGGAAAGCAUUUUGCAGGGGUAUCAGAAAAGGAUGAAAAAACUAGAUCAACAAUACAAGAAAAGAAUACGAAAUGCAGAGCCGUUUCUACAACCGGAGACAGAGCAAGUGGAAAGAAAUUAUAUUAAAGAGAAGAAAGCAGCAGUGAAGGAAUUUGAAAAUAAAAAGAUUGAGUUAGAAGAAAAGAAAAAGAUGAUUGAGAAUGUGAGGCUAAUAAUGGAACUCAGGAGAUUCUAUGGAGGUAAAGCCAAUGAUGACUAGGAAACUAAGGACGAGACCUAAUGACCCUGUUCCAAUUACAGACGAAAGACGAAAAUCUGCAGUUAAAUUACUUGUUAACAGAUGAACAGAUAUGGAAGACCUGCGAACUCGCAAUAAGCUUAAAUCUCUGAAAAGACCAGCAUCUCGGUCUUCUCCUGAAUCUCCAACACAAAGGUAUCAAGUAUGAAUAGAAGAUGGAAAGUUAUACUACGAUAAGAGAAGGUAUCAUCAAGGUCAGGCUAUCUAUUUGGAAUCUAAGGAGAAUACGAAGAUUGGCUGUGUAAUUAGCUCAGUUGGAACAAAUGAGAUAUGGGUAAGGAAAACAAGUGAUAGCACAAAGAUGCUUAUAUAUCUAGGACAGCUGCACAGAGGAGUCUUCAUUAUAUGGAGGUGAUCUGCUACCUAGAACUCUUAGCACGUUGGAGGUGCACAUCUUCUUAACUCCCUAUGCUCAGAGGUCAACUUUUUAUGAUUUUUAUAUGGAAAUCUAUA